UAUCCGAUAAGAUGGAUCGAAAGACAAACCUGAAACAAGAACAUCAGCGAGCAGUGGCAUCUUUCCACACAAACACACACACACAUAUAUAUCUACACAUAUAUACAUACAACCAUGGCUGCAGCUUCAGCAGCUCCAUUCACCAUUAAUGGAGCUGUGAAGACACAGGCAUAUUUGGAUGGCAGCAGAGUGAAAGAAACUAAGGCACUGAUUCCAGAGUUUUGUCGCCAAUUUUACCACCUGGGCUGGGAAUCCGGCGCUGGUGGCAGCAUCACCAUUAAAGUGCAUGAUGAUUCCACUCCCAAACCCCAUCAACCCAUUGUCAUGUCCCCCUCAGGCGUACAGAAGGAAAAGAUGAUGGAGGAGGAUAUGUAUGUGUUGUCUCCUGAUGGGUUUGUGUUGUCUGAACCAUUGCCAAAGUCCUGCCCUAAUAAGCCUCCCAAAUGUUCUGAUUAUUGGCCCUUGUUCUUGGAGGCUGAAUGCUACCACUAUCUCUCUGAUGCCGCCAUUAAACUCUAUCAACUAGGCCUGAACUGGUCGACCCCAUCUCACGGCCCCAUUCGUAGUCCCAAUGCAGUUCUAGGCAGUAACAGAAAUGCUAAAGUCUCAGCAAAGGCAGGGACCCGUUCUCCAAAUAAUGGCACUGAACCAUCAAGACGUUGCAUUGUUCUAGACAUUGAAGGAACUACAACUCCCAUAUCAUUUGUAACGGAUGUUCUCUUUCCAUAUGCUCGUGAUAGUGUGGGAAAGCAUUUGGAACUGACUUAUGAUACCGCCGAAACUCAGGACGAUAUUAAGCUACUGCGUGCUCAAGUAGAAGAAGAUCUAGAAAAUGGGGUUCCUGAUGCCGUUCCCAUACCCACCGACGGAGUGAAAGAGGAUAUAAUCCCAGCUGUGGUCGCUAACGUGGAGGCAAUGAUUAAAGCUGACAGGAAAAUAACUUCCCUGAAACAGUUACAAGGUCAUAUCUGGCGAACUGGAUUUCAGAGUAACGAGUUAGAGACGGUCAUAUUCGAUGAUGUUCCUGAAGCUCUGGAAAAGUGGCAUUCUCUCGGAAUUAAGGUUUACAUAUAUUCCAGCGGCAGCAGAUUGGCGCAACGGCUCUUGUUUGGCAACACAAAUUACGGCGACCUCAGGAAGUACUUGAGUGGAUUUUUUGAUACUACAGUCGGGAACAAGAAAGAAACAAAAAGCUACAUCGAAAUAACGGAAUCUCUGGGAGUAGAUAAUCCAUCAGAGAUUUUAUUCGUCACCGACGUAUAUCAAGAAGCUACAGCUGCAAAAGCAGCAGGUUUGGAAGUGAUAAUUUCAAUUCGGCCUGGGAACGGACCGCUUCCAGACAAUCAUGGCUUUCGGACAAUAACUUCAUUUUCGGAGAUUUGAGGCUGAGUAAACUAGUGAAUGUGUAUCAAUCAAAUAAAAUGUUACCUUCUUUUGCAAGUUGUAAUUUCUAGUGGGUUUUACUGUUUUUUU